CCGUUGCCGCGUCUCUCUGAUUCCGCCGCCCCCAACUCCACCACUUCUCUCUCCGACUCCGAUUUCUUCCUCUUUCAGCUCAGUUUUCUCCAAGCCGAAAUCUCCGAUUCUUUCUCCGAUCUCCGCUGCACCGUCACGCCACCUCUGAUUGCUUACUUGUCUCCCAUCUCCUUCUCUGUCGCUGCCGUCGCCUUCGCCUUCGCGCCUCCAUAUCUCCCGCUCUGCUGCAACCUCACACCGUCAUCCCAAGAGUUCCCAACAGAGCGCGAAUCUUUGGUUCCAAGGCUGCCGUAGGGCUUGACUCUCCUCACUCAUCUACAUUCUGCUGCGUACGGAAUUGGUUCAUAUUAUCUCUAAUCUUGUAGCUCUCCGGCUACUCCUCUCACUCGUAACCCUAAUUCCCAAUUCAGUGUCUUCAGGGAAAGGAGAUUACGCGUGCAAGGGAAGGCUAUGGCUUUAACAGCCCCAGGGCAGCUCAAUGUUAACGAGUCCCCUUCGUGGGGAUCUAGAGGUGUCGACUGCUUCGAAAAACUGGAGCAGAUUGGUGAAGGCACUUAUGGUCAAGUUUACAUGGCCAGAGAAUUGAGAACAGGUGAAAUAGUUGCACUCAAGAAAAUACGAAUGGAUAAUGAGAGGGAGGGGUUCCCUAUUACUGCCAUUCGAGAAAUCAAAAUUCUAAAGAAGCUCCACCAUGAAAAUGUAAUCAAAUUGAAAGAGAUUGUGACAUCUCCAGGUCCUGAGAAGGAUGAACAAGGGAAGCCAGAUGGUAACAAGUACAAGGGUGGCAUCUACAUGGUUUUCGAGUACAUGGACCAUGAUUUGACAGGUCUUGCUGAUCGUCCAGGGAUGAGGUUUUCAGUUCCCCAAAUCAAGUGCUACAUGAGGCAGCUUCUCACAGGACUUCACUAUUGUCAUGUAAAUCAAGUACUGCAUAGGGAUAUAAAAGGCUCAAAUCUGCUUAUUGACAAUGAAGGAAAUCUGAAGCUUGCAGAUUUUGGGCUUGCCCGAUCAUUUUCUAAUGAUAUCAAUGCAAAUCUAACAAAUCGUGUCAUUACCUUAUGGUAUAGACCUCCUGAAUUGCUUCUUGGAUCAACAAAAUAUGGUCCAGCUGUAGACAUGUGGUCUGUUGGUUGUAUUUUUGCAGAGCUUCUACAUGGGAAGCCAAUAUUCCCUGGCAAGGACGAGCCGGAACAAUUAAAUAAGAUCUUUGAGCUAUGUGGCGCUCCGGAUGAAGUCAAUUGGCCCGGGGUUUCUAAAAUCCCAUGGUACAACAAUUUCAAGCCCACAAGGCCGAUGAAGAGACGUCUUAGAGAAGUUUUCAGGCAUUUUGACCGUCAUGCUUUAGAGCUGUUGGAGAAGAUGCUCACUCUUGAUCCUUCUCAGAGGAUAUCUGCUAAGGAUGCUCUAGAUGCGGAGUAUUUUUGGACAGACCCAUUGCCUUGUGACCCUAAGAGUUUGCCAAAGUACGAAUCAUCACACGAGUUCCAGACUAAGAAGAAGCGUCAGCAGCAACGACAACAUGAAGAAACUGCAAAGAGACAGAAGUUGCAACACCAGCAGCAUUCACGCCUCCCACCUAUACAGCAGUCGGGACAAGCUCAUGCACAGAUGCGACCAGUACCUAACCAACCCCUUCAUGGUUCUCAACCCUCCGUUGCUGCAGGGCCUAGCCAUCAUUUUGGUGGGAAGCCUCGUGGACCCCCAGGUCCUGGUAGGUAUCCCUCUGGUGGAAAUCCUCCUUCUGGAUACAACCACCCAAGUCGUAGUGGUCAAAGCGGGGGUUCUUAUGGCAAUGCACAAUACGCUCAAGGACGAGGUGCACCAUAUGGUUCUGGUAAUAUGUCUGGUGCUGGUCCUCGUGGCGGAGCUGGAGGUGGUGGUGGUGGUUAUGGCGCGGGAGCUCCAAAUUACCCACAGAAUGGUCCAUAUGCUGGUAGUUCUGGUACUGGGCGUGGCUCCAAUGCAAUGGGCGGAAACCGAAACCAACAAUAUGGAUGGCAACAAUGACGAAAUACGAUCGUAACGCUCAUUUUCAGAGUAAGCUUUAGAAGAGAUUGUUAUAGUAAUACAUAGUAGGUUAUAUUAGGAGUAUUAUAAAUGGGUGUGCUAUGCUGUUGACUUGAGCUAGGUGAUUUAUGUGCAAAGCAAGAAUGAGCUAUCAUCCUAUCCCACUUGUCUGUCUGCUGUAAUCGUUCCCAACUUAACUGAUCUAUCAGGAAUGAAGCACUUUGCAUCUUCAAAGUUCUUGAAA